UUUGACAUCUGAUGGGAGUUCAACAGCAACUGGAAAGCCAGACGCUUCCCUCCCUCACUGUACUGUGAAAUCACCCUUAAUGUCUGCUUUCUGCUCCUAAACUACUUACUAAUCUAGAAAACGUUCCUUUCUCUUAAUCUCAUGAUUUACUCAGCAGGUUUUGCUGAAGGGCAUGAUGCGGAGACUAGUUGCACUUUUAAAAGUCUCAAAACCAAUGUAUUUUUUCCCUUCCACUAGACAGCAACAUCUAACCAGACUUUGUGAAAAUGGAAAUGACUUAUCGUCCUGUUGUCACCACCCAGCCACAAUGCCACACAUCCACGCGGAGUUUUGAGUGGCAGACGGACCUCUGUGACUGCGGCAGUGACUGUCGUGUCUGUCUGUGUGGAACAUUCUGCUUCUUCUGCCUAGGAUGCAAAGUUGCCAAGGACAUGGAAGAAUGCUGUUGCUGUGGACCGAGCGUCGCCAUGAGGACUCGCUACCGGACUCAGUUUAGAAUACCGGGAUCCAUCUGUUGCGACUGCCUCACCACCACUUUCUGUGCUCCCUGCAAUCUUUGUCAGCUCAAGAGAGAUAUCAACAGGAGGAAGCAGCUGGGGAUAUUCUAGAAAGGUGUUCCUGCAUUCACUAACCUGCAUAUUCGUGUGUCCCUGAACUUGAUGUAUUUCAAAACCUGGUUUGAGAUUUCCGCUCUGCUGCAGUACAGUGUUCAAAACUUGGUAGUCAUCUAAACAGAAAAAAUCCAGCCGAGACAGUUAUUAUUCGUUUUUAGGGGGUGGGGAGGUUUGAAGAUUUCUGGGCCAAUUGCCAGAAUUUGGGGCUGAUUGCUGAAUUACUUUAAAUAAAGGCAUAAUUUGUUUAAGAGAAGAGAAGUCGCAAAAUGCCAGCUCCCAGAUCCAUCGGAGACAACCAGAUACUGACUGCAUUCCAUUUGCUACGCACCCAAGUAAGCACACUUGUAAGCUUGUAAGCCACUCAAUUUUCCAUAAAAGAAGCCAGGCCAGCAUUCAUGAAG